AUGGAUAGACAAGGAUAUUCACCGAUAAUGCUUCAUUUUGAGUUGUUUGAUGCUGCUUAUACUGGGAAACUCAAUCGCUUCAAGAGGUUGGCUUUGGAUCAUGCUAAAGCUGAAGGGAUUGAAGUAGGGAAAGCGAUUCGAGAGCUUGUAGAUGAAGCCGUCGGUGAUUCUCUUCUUCAUGCUGCUGCUGCAGGAGGAAGUUUAAACGUUUGCAAAUACUUGGUUGAGACGUUGAAACUUGAUGUGGAUUUCAAGGAUGGAGAUGGUUACGCACCCUUGCAUCAUGCAAUUUUCAAAGGCCAUUUGGACCUUGUUAGAUAUCUUCUUGAAAAGGGUGCCAAUGCUGAUGCAUCUAGUAAUGAGAAUUACGCUCCUUUACAUUUUGCUGCAAAGACAGGUGAUACAAAGAUACUAACCUUGCUGCUAUCAAGGGGUGUUCACGUAGAGGCUGCAACUAGGAUUGGCACUGCCCUUCAGUAUGCUGCUGGUCAUGGUCAUCGAGAUGCUGUUAAAGUGUUGUUGGAUCACGGUGCAAAUCCUAACGCUGUCAUUAGUCCGGGUAUGCUUAGACCACUAAUGGCGGCGAUUCUUUUUGAGUCAUGGGAAUGUAUGGAACUUUUACUGCAGGCAGGUGCUAACCCAAGUGCUGAGUCAUAUGGAAAUACACCACUUAUACUUGCAGCAAAGGAGGAAUAUGUAGGUGUCACUACACGCUUACUGGAAGCUGGUGCAGAUCCAAAUCAUAAGAGUGUAGGGCUGACAGCGUUAGAAAUUGCCGCUAUGAGAUGCAAUUAUCAAAUUGUUGAAAUACUUUUUCCUGUGACGUCUCGCAUUCCUACUUAUCCUGAUUGGAGCAUUGGCGGACUAAUAAGGCAUGUACAUUCUGAUGCAUUCAAAUUGCAGAGGGAAGUCUAUAAGAAGGAGAAAUUUCAUCAGGCAAAAUCAAAAGGAAGAGAUGCAUUCCAGGAAGAGCAGUAUCUUAUGGCAGUGAAUUGGUUCAAUGAGGCCUUGGACAUUUGCCCAAAGGAUCCAGCAGUACUGUCCAACAUGAGUGCAUGUUAUGCGCGUCUGGGUGACGGGUUCAAUGCACUUGAAUAUGCCACUAAAUGCAUGAAUGAAAGGCCUGAAUGGCCUAAAGUGUACUAUAGGUUAGGUGUUGCGCUCAAUAUAUUAAAAAGAUACGGUGACGCAGCCAAUGCCUUUAACAAGGGUUUGACGCUCGAUCCAAGAAACAAAGAGCUUAAAGAUGCCUACAUGAAAGCUAUGGAAGAUAGAUUGAACUCUACCAAGUAG